UAACAGGUGCACUCGACCAAUCGGAGUGCGCGCAAUCCCCCUUGUCCAUCCACCGAUUGGCGCUCUGGCGAUGUCACGAACAGCGAUCACAAUAUGGCUUCCGCCACUGCCAGCAAGUGAGAGUACCUCCGAAGGUGACAUCGAAACAUGGUGGAAUAUUUUGAGAUGCGCGAGGCAUCGCGCGUGUGAGAACGUUCGGUGUGUCCUUGUUACGAGCCUCGCGUAGCGUUGUCGAGAGUUAAAGAAACGGUGCCUGGUCUCGAGGAAAGAAAAGAUUUCGGUGAGCAAGAAGAACCGUGUUCUGUCUCAACGGAGAGAGACAAAUCGCAUGCACGGACCAGGAGUCGGACAAGGAUAGAGUGACAGAGUGAUACACCAGUUUGUCGGAUCGAAGGUUCCUGACACGAAUGUGUAUCGCUGGGAAAUGUGGAGAAUUCCGAGAACGUUGGAGUUUCUAAAGAUUCGUCGAUGCUUGGUAGGCGCCGGUUACGAUCGAAAAAAAGGGGAGUACCGAAUCUUUCGAUAGUUUGGUGGAGUGGUGCGCACGACUCGUACACGUCGAAAGCGUGGCUCUGUCGGUGUGCGUUACGUCCAGUGCACGCCGCGCAGUGUCGUCCUCGGACACGCGUGUGAGUACGUACGUGUGCGAUCUCUCGGUGUGUUGGAAAUUGAAAGAGGAUAGACGGACGGUGAACGACGGGUGGAAGAAUAAGAAAAAGAAUAGAGCGGCAUGGGGUGUAGAUCGACGAGAACAACGACAGUGACGACGUAACGAAGAGAAGAAGAGGCAAAAGACCGAGCGAGUGAGCGAGGCGACGUUGCCAGAGUUUUCCUUCUCGCGUUCCAUACCGUGCAGCACGUCCCUUCGUGGAAGAUACGCGAGAAAGACCGAAACGGAGAAUCUAAUGCGACGAGGAGCGAGAGAAAAGUAGCGUGCCAACAGCCAACGCGCGGAGACACCGAUAAUCGAGAGCGGCGUUAGCCGCGCGAACACGAUCUAGGGAAUUUUUGUUUUCGAUCGACCGAUUGGUCGAUUUCGAUCGUAGUCGCCGUUUUGCUCGUGCUCGUCGGACCGUGAUUCGUGGAUGCCAUGAGACGACUGCCGAUGACGUACGCGCGAGACACGUGACACGCCGAGUUAGGCCGAUCGACAAGCCAUGAAGAAGCCACGUGUGGACCGGGACCGGCUUCGGGAGCGGGAACGACAGGCCCGCGCGGCGAUGUCGGUCCAGGCCGAACAGGCGGCUGCGGGAGGUGGUCCUGACACCAGACACCAUCAUCAUGGCCAUCACAACAACGCUCACCAUCACGCUAAUUCGCAUGCCGUCACCGCUCCGCUGUUCCGUGCUCCCGUCAGGGUUAAUCCGGACGCUCGGGACAGCACGACGCAGCAGAUCCAAUCGAAAUUGGGCAACUAUUUUCUGGUGAAGCAUCUUUUGGACGAGCCAAAACGGCUGAUCGGCAUCGAGGGUGUGCCGCCAAGCCCUGCCCCGUCUCCGUCUCCGUCUCCCUCAACCCUACGAACGAGUUCCAGCUCGGUCGGUUCAAAUUCCAGAAGCUCGCCCUCCUCCCAAGAAUUCAAGAAACCCGGAGGACCACGAUCCGGCUCGUCAUCGUCAUCGUCGUCAUCGUCGUCGUCGACGUCGACGUCGUCGUCGUCGAGCCAUCAGCGUGGGGGUUUCGUGAAACCGGCUGACGGAAAACCACCGUACGGGGGCAGGGGUGGCUACCCCGGCCAAUCGGUGAAGCACGGGGGCAACAGCAACGAUCAUCGCAGCCACGGUUUAUUAACCGCCAAAGGACCGCCCCCGAAUUCACCCGGGAACGGAACGCUCGUUGGCAAUUCGAAUAUCGGGAAUUCCAGUGGCAGCAGGCUUCACUGUGCCGGCAACAGACUGUCCAGGUUACCUCUCGAUAACGGGACAAGUUCGAGGCCUGGUCCUACCGAGAAUUCAGCCGAUUUGGAUAACAUUCUGAAGGAAAUGACCAUGCCGCCUACGCCUCUGACGGCUAUCGCCCAGACGCCGAGGAAGGAGCUCGAGUCAAAGUUCACGUUCAAUCCCGUGCUAGCGAAGUUGACCGAGGUGCCACCGCCGGAACCCACCAAGUCUCAACGUGAAAGACACACCGCCAACAGGCUAUCGGCAGAUUUGGAAGGGGACCUAAGAUUGUCCGAGGACAGCGACGAUGAGACGGGCAAGGGGACGUCUUCGCGGCCAGUUAGAGGAAGCAGAAGCCCCGACCUCACGGUCGAUCUGUCGACGCCGUUGAUACCAGCUAUGACACCGGCGCCACCGCCUCUGGCUCCCAUGUCGCCCAUGGGAUUGUCACCCGUGGGACCGUUGUCGCCGACGAGACCGCUCAGUCCACCCAGACCGUCGUCACCGCCGAAACAGAUGACACCCGAGCGAAUACUCUCACCACCGCCGGCCAGUCCUCUGCAAUCGAAAGACUCGUCGAGCCCUACGAUAGACCAAAGGCCACCCAGCCCGCCAGGCCAGGCGCCACAGAGUUCCGGAAGCGCGAGCUCCAGUUCCGAUUCCGGAUCGGACUCCGGCUCGGACAGCAGCGACGACUCCGAGGACGAAACAGGCGUUCAACCCGCCAAAGGCCCAUCCACCCCUCCCUCUUUGUCACCAAAGACCGACAAUCUGAUCGAAGAGCCACCCCCCGCGAUAGAGGAGUCCAAGCCUAGAUGGAACUUGAGCUCCUUCUUCAAUAAGUCGGCUGUGUCGCAUGGCGAACAGAACCCGGAAACUAAACAGACUCAGGAUUGCAACAGGCGGCAAAGUUCCCCGGCGGCGACUACGGAAACGAGAACGCACAGGGACAAGGCGGGGGUACACGAUUGGAAACUUGACGAGGCCCUAAAGAGGACUCAUAACGCGACGAUGAUAAGCCUCCUCAGCGACAGCGAUCCUCAUUCGGACCAGGAGAAGAGUCAGCCCGUGGAGGAGACGCGCGCGCAGACGGAAAAACCAAAAGUGGCCGACGCUAGGAAACGUGGCCGGCCUAGAAAACCUACCAAGAGUCCGAAGGGUAGCCAUCGUACGUCGGAAGAUACACUGAAAAAUAGUAAACCGCGUAGCAGAACGCGAGGAGUGGCCAGUCCUCUGAAAAAGAAACAGCCGAUCUCCAAGGCCACCAUUGCGACCAGCGAUGACGGCAGCGACGACAGAUCGCAGGGAGCUUCCAGUGCCUCGGAUAGCGAUCGUCCGACCAGAGUAUCGCCCGAAGUCGCCGCUGUAUUAAGCGAUAAGAGGCGGACGAGAUUGAGCGGAUCUUCCAGCGAGGACGAGAAUCCGACGAAUGCGAAGCGCAAUAGCGCCUCUGAGGACGACACCACGCGUUGGAGGCGAGUCCCCAUCAAGAGAACCAAGCUCGCGGAUUCGCCGAAGAAACAAGAGAAGAAGAAGAGCCCCGCUAAACCGAAAUCGAGAAAGUCCAGUUCGAGGGUUGCCAAUGUCGGUGGAUCCGACUCUGACAGCGAGUCCGAGGUGUCGAUGAGGAAUAGUCGUAUUCAAGUCGCCAGGGUACCUCCGAGACCAAGGGUACCGCCAACUCGGACAACUUCUCCGGAGAACUCGGACAGCGACAACAGUCCAGGGCCAAAGCUCCAAGAGGAAGACGCCGGUAAUGUCCAGGAUAAGAAGAAGAGCGAUACACUCCGGAGAGUGUUCUCGACUUCGGUAGGCGGUGGAAAGGGCGGCGGUAAGGGUGGGAAAGGUGGCAAAGGCGGAGGGAAGUGUGGAAUCUACGUGGAGGAGUACACGACGUCUGCCAAUACUCCGACCGGAGGGGAGAGUCCGUACAAGAGGCCGUCGUCGCAGGCGUCCAGCGUCGUUCAGUCUUUUCCGCCGUUCAACUACGUGAACGGUGUGCCCAGUUUACUCUGCAGGAUCGACCUGAACAAGCUUCCCCAUAUAUCUCAACUAUCCAGAGGGCAAGAGUUGAGACAACGCACGGAAUUGCCCGACACCAGGCCGUCGUCCCGACAAGCGACCGCAUUACCCGCCCAGCCACCUAGGCCGUCCACGCCGGAGGAGGGCGAGAUAGUUGACACACCGCCGCCUCAGCAGCUACCAUUGGAGACCAGGAGUCACGGGGACGCGUUGUUAGGCGACGGCGAUCAUAAAAAUCGCGCUGUGAUCAAAGGCGAACCGAUUUCGGACUCGAAGAACAGUUGCGCCGGUAUCGUCGGUGGAGGUGCUAGUGGAGGUGGUAAUGGUGCUAAUGGCGCGGUUAGCGCGCCCAAGAGGAAACGUAAUCCGAGUUGUAGUUCCGUGUCCAGUUUGAGCACUGUGUGUUCCGUAGAGGCUAAGGCGAAGGGACCAGGUGAGCACAAAGAGAAGAAGAAGAGAAAACGGAAACACGUCGACGUCGAAGCUGUUCUAUCCAGGCCAUCUUCCAGUCAGCAAAGCGAUAUAAUACAACCAACGAAUCACGAGCGGGAAGAAAAACCCGACACGAGCCUAUUGCCGCCACCGCCCCCGCCUCAGCGUGUCUAUUAUUCCUACUUCAAUCCUCAGAACGAAGUGUUGGAGGAUCAGGAUAGGUGGGACCAGAAUCAGUACCUGAUGGAAGCGAAACGGUUGAAGCAUAGCGCCGACAAGGAGUGCGAACUCACGGCGCAGGGUAUGCUUUACCUAGAAGCCGUUCUCUGUUUCCUACUCACUGGCAAUGCCAUGGAGUCGGAUCCUCUCACCGAGAGAGCGUCGUUCACCAUGUACAAGGAUACUCUUAGUCUCAUCAAGUACAUCUCCUCGAAGUUUAAGAGCCAGCAGAACAACUCACCGGAGAGCAAUAUACAUAACAAGCUGGCCAUUCUAAGCCUCUUUUGCCAGUCCCUCAUAUACUUGAAGCUCUUUAAGAUGCGCAGACACGAAAUCAAAGAGAAUCAAAAAAUUCUUACCGACUAUCAUCAAAAGCCUGCACAGGCGACCCAGGUGCAACCCGAAGGACAAGGAACGCCUUCUUUGUCACCGACACCGUCACCGGCCGGUUCCGUAGGUUCCGUUGGCAGCCAGAGCUCCGGAUACAGCAGCGGCGAAUUGGCGAAUCGAGGUGCCGCUUCCGGUCAACCCCAGGUAGCGACGUACGUUAGCGUUCCGCUCACCGUUCACGCUGCUCUGGCGAAACAACAUCAUCAUUUCAGCUUGCUACUGAGUUGCCACGAUCUCUGGGAUCAGGCAAAUGCUUUGGUGACGGACAAGCAUAGAGAUUUCUUCAUCGAGCUGGAUGAAAAAUUGGGACCCCUCACGUUGAAAAGUUCGCUGCGUGAUCUGGUGCGUUACGUUCAGGCUGGUAUCAAGAAGCUCCGAGAUCUCUGACCACAGUGGCAUAGCCCCCGACCGCCAACCCCGAACUACAUCACUUCUCUCCCGCAAAACAUGGUCACGUAUCCGACGAUGUUCACGUAAAGCUCAUCGCGAUACGUCGAACGAUCGUUUCGAGAUUCCGAAUAAGUAUAAACGUCGGUUGUGUGAUACUCGUUAGAAAAUUUUUGGAAUAGCGGAGAUGAGAAGUCGAGUUCGUGCUCAGCCGUUAAAAGAAUUGUUUCUCUUCGGGGUGGCAAGAAGAAAAGAAUACCGGUGGUCAGGGGAAGUGUCGGCCGCGAGAAGGAUUGUUGGUUACGCUGGCUCGCUCGCGCCUAGGACAACUGAUAGAUUUCUCCUUUUUAGGGGAUCGCGUUCGAGUACCCCGGCAUUUUUUUGUUCGACUCUUAGCAUCAAGUAUAUAGUUAAGCGAUUCGUCUAACCAAUGAACCACAAGAACUAAGAUAUCUCGUAGCUCUGUUCUUGACUACGCAUGAUUGGCAAUGCAAAGUCGGAGAUCGAAUCGAUAUGAAGAUAACACAUACAAUCGAAGAGCUAUGAAGCGGUUUUGGUUUCUCUCUUUUUCUUUCUUUCUUUCUUUCUUUCUUUUUUUUUUUGUAAGUUGUUGGGACGAAUUGAAAUCGAACGACGAACUAAGAAAGGGGGUAAGAAUACGACGAAGAAGGAAUAAGAAGUGCCACAGAAGCGCCCGUGUGUUCUCGCUUUACGGUGCGCCGCAGCCGACGUUACCUGAAGCAUGAGUUUCGUUUUGGCGAUUCGAGUGCGACGAAUACACAAGGAUAUAUACAUAUAUGCAUAUAGUUUAUUACGUGUAUAUAUAUAUAUACACACACAUAGAUAUGAAUAUAUUUAAUGAAGAGAGAGAACCAACGCGUCACGCACGUCUGCGUUUCGUUUUUAGUAAAGAUGAAAGGUAAGAAGAAAAAGGCGGUCUCGAGAUCCGCAAGAAUGGGAGGGAGAUAAAUUGGAUAAAUAAAUCGGUGCGAUGUAUUUUCUCUUCGGUGGAGGGAUAUGCACCGCGCGAGCAACAAGAUCAACCGGUCGAUCAUGACCGAUGCACUAUAACGAAUACUAUUGUCCGACGUUUACGAACAAUGGACGCACGAUUCUUUUUUGUAGGUAGGUUACAGAAAAAGAAAGAAAAGGUAACUUAGAUUAGAUAAUUAAUACGCAACAAGGUGGAGAACAGAAAAAAGAAGAGUAAACGGUAACAAAAAACAAAACCAACCAAUACACAUAUUAUUUACAUUACUUAGAACUUAAACGGGGAAAUAAGUAGAGGUUCUAGCGAUGAGAAACAAGAAAUAAAAACAGAUUAUUCAGAUAAUUGUACGUAUAGCGCAUACCACACAUAUUAUACAUAGUGCGAUUACAGGAAAAUAAUAAAAAAGUGGAAAAGGAAAGCGAGAACAAACACGCCGAAUACGAAGAAUAAUAAAAUAAUCGCGUGUAACGGAGGGAUUCACCGCGGGCACGUCCUCUCGCGUUACACGGGAUGCAAGAGGAAUAAUCGAAGGAAACAGAAAAUAUAAAAGAAAAAAGCGUAACGGAUAAGCAAGUUGCUCAUGUGUAUAUUUUUGUAAAUAGGUAUUUGCGAGUGCCGCCGCCUUGAGGGUGGCCUGUCGAUGCGUUACGAUGCGCGGCAGGCCGGCCCGCUCCAAUUUUUGCUACCACAAAUCUUAUCGAGAAUCAGGAAAUUUCUGGUAAAAAAUGAAAGAAAAGAAUAUUAAAAUAUGCGACACACAAGGUGUUACAGACAUGUCCGCCGAAUUUGUCCCGAAGGUUCUUUCCGAGUCCAGUUCUUACUAGUACACGUAAAUAGAAUUUUUAUUUCGUCCACUUUGGUCGUACGUACUCACUACUAACUAUUCAUCCGCGGCUCCCUCGGAAAUUUGUUCUAUACGUUGUCUACGUUAGCGUUUGCUCGUUUUGCUUCCUUUCCAAUGUUUUUUUCCCUUUUUUUUUUUGUUUGUUUUUCUGUUAGCGAUGUAUCGUAGAUGCGCGCGCUAUUCAGCGAUUUUCCUGUACUUGAGUCGAUCCGGUGGCCACGGGACCCAGAGAAUGGAAUGGCUUAAAGCGAAAAGUCUACGAGACCUGAGCGUAAUGUGUUUCUUUAUAUUUCUCGAUAAAACGGUGAAUUCGAUUCGAUAGCUUGCCGUUGCGACAAAGAAGGAUAAACAAAAGAAUGGACGAGGACGUUGGCAAAGGGUGAAAAGUGUUGGCAACGAUACGACUGGAGCACGAACGCGAUGAAACAAAGAAUCUCGAGAACCACGGUCGAACAUAUCCAAAUACAAAUACAAAUUUUAAUUCGAUCGAAAAUUUUGGAGCCUUUUUUUCGUCAGAUUUUACGUUGUCGCAAAGAAGUUGGACCAAUAUAUUAUUCUAUUCUAAACGAAUCAAUUGGUUGCUGACACUUUUCUAUGCUCAACGGUUAAGAGAAGCUAGAACAGCGAUUGAAUAGUACGGUCGAAUAUGGUUGACGAGGUUUACGAGGGCCCAUAGAGUUACUAAGCGCGGUCCAAUGGUUCACGGGAUACAAUUUUAUACCUCGUGUGCGCGUGCACACGGACGCAAAGGACAAGGAGACUAAAAAAGACAAAAAAAGAAAAUGAAAGAGAA